UCCACCAGAUGUUUUUGACACUCACUUCCUUAUUUUUCCAUCAAGUUUUCACGCGCAAUUUUUGUCUCAAUUUUUACUGUGAAAAUUCUGUGUGAAAAAUGAAUAUUUCCCGUGCAACCAAACUCCUGCAGGUCGCAAGGGCUCGCAGUGUACCAAGUAUGCUGUAUCAUGCAAAUGUUCUGGAUCACUACGAAAAUCCCCGGAAUGUGGGAACCCUGGACAAGAAUGAGAAGAAUGUUGGAACUGGACUUGUUGGGGCUCCGGCUUGUGGAGAUGUCAUGAAAUUGCAAAUCAAGGUUGAUGAAAAUGGAAAAAUCAUUGAUGCAAAAUUCAAGACAUUUGGGUGUGGAUCAGCUAUUGCCUCAAGUUCUCUGGCUACUGAGUGGGUAAAGGGGAAGUCCAUCGAUGAGGCUGGAAAGCUCAAGAACACUGACAUCGCCAAAGAACUCUCUCUGCCCCCGGUGAAGCUUCACUGCUCAAUGUUGGCAGAGGAUGCUAUUAAAGCAGCUCUGGCUGAUUACAAAAUCAAGCAGCAAAAGACAGAGAAGUAAGAGAAGCAGAUGAAUUUCUUGAGAUUUAUAAAUUACUCCCUUAGAUUUAGUUGUUGCAAAAUGAAUAUAAUAUUUUAAAAAUUA